CUGAGCACCCCAGGGUCCCUCCACAGGGCCUGUUCUCCAGCCUGAUGGCUCUGCUGCUCUCAUUUCCUGGAGGACACCAGGUCAUGACAUGUGUCCUGCUUCUGCUGCUGCCAGCACCAUGCCUGCACGGUGGUAACCUAGCAGGAUUCAACAGAUUGAAUGUUUUGGGGGUCAACCAACCAACACGCCUCUCCGGUGUCCAGGGCAGCUCCAUCGAGAUCCCCUUCUCCUUCUCCUUCCCCUGGGAGUUGACAAAGAUUCGGCAGAUGAGGAUUCUCUGGAGAUGGAAGCACUUCCAUGGGGACAUUAUCUACAACCCCUCCUCAGGUUUCAUACAUGAGCAUUUCAAGAACCGGCUCAUCCUGAACUGGACUCAGCCUCAGACAUCCGGAGUCCUCAGAAUCCUGGACUUGAAGGAGAAGGACCAGACAGUGUACUUCUGCAGAGUUCAUCUGAACAUGAGAAAAAAGACAGAGAUUGUGCAGUCAGUUGAUGGAACACAACUCACCAUCACACAUGAUGCCAGCACCACCAAACAGAUGCCCUCCUUAGUCACCUCUGCAGUCGCCACAGCUGGCCUGGAGGACACAGAGAACCAGGUCACCUCUGCAGCCACCACAGCUGGCCUGGAGGACACAGAGAACCAGGUCACCCCUGCACUCACCACAGCUGGCCUGGAGGACACAGAGAACCAGGUCACCUCUGCAGCCACCACAGCUGGCCUGGAGGACACAGAGGGUCAGAGCAAUCCUUCACUUGCGAACCUGGCAGCCACAGUCGGGGUGGUGGUGGCCACGGCUGUGCUCAUAACCCCCGUCUGUGUGUUGAUGAUCUUCCUGUGCUGGGAGCAAAGGCCAGCACCCUAAAGCCAAAGCCCAGCCAGGUGAGCGCCCGUCAUCCCAG